AUGGGAAAAGGGCAUGGAGGGGAGAUCCGGGAGACCUUAAGUCUGCAGGGUCAGUCUCAAAUUAAGGAUCACGAGGUGUUUUUUAAAAAUUUGGAAAAUUUUAUUUUGGAUCAAAUGGCAAGAGCUAAAUAUACAAGUUUAUUCAAUGAUUUUAUUGAAUCUGAAUUUUUUCUGAUUGAUGGAGAUUCAUUACUUGUUACCUGUGCAUGUGAUUCAUCACUAAAGUCAGGGCAGGAGCUGCACCUCUUCUUUCUCAUUGAACGCUAUCUCACAGAUCUUAUUAGUAAAGGAGGACAAUUUGCCAUAGUCUUCUUUAGGGAUGCUGAGUAUGCCUAUUUCAACUAUCCUGAGUUCCUUUCUUUGAGAACUGCAUUAAUUCUUCAUCUAAAUAAUACUGCUCAACAUAAUAUUGAUGUUCGAACUGAUUUUUCUAGCUGCUUCUCAAAAGAGUGGACAACAUUUUUUGCAUGACGUGAACCAUAUUUUGUGAUAAUUUCAGAUCAAGGCCUAAGUGAAGAGCAAACAAAUCUUUUCAACCUUUUCAUCAUUCAGUCUUGGGUAAUGAAUGUGAAUGCUGUGCUUUCAACAGGUCAACAAUCAAAUAUUCUUCGACUUUAUGCAUACUUUAUGCAGAACAAUUUAUAUACCUGCCGAAUUGUAUUAUACACCGUGGUGCGACUCAGCUCCCCAUCAGAGCUCAGCAGGGUGGUUGGUGGCAAUGGGCAUGCCACAGGAAGCAAUUCCUUUAAGGGCAGCCAGGCAGACCGCUUUGGCUUUCUCAGCCGUGUUGCCUGCAGCACCAGCGGCUUGUUGGCCAUGGCAUCUAGCAGCCAGGGCUUGUUGGUCAGGAGGUGCAGCAGCGCCAAGAGCCCCAACGGCAGCCUGUUCACCUGGAGGGACUGGUGCCUGGGAAGCAAACAUUGGGAAUUGAAGCUUACAACCCUCAGAGGGGACUUACCAGUGUCUGACGAUCAGGCUCUUGAGACACGCUCCCGCAUUGCCAUCUGGUCGGUGGUCUGUAUCUCGAGCUCGCGUUUGGGCACCACCUGCGACCCCCGGGACCCUGCCUGCAGGACACGUGGAACUAUUUCUCUACUGAAGCAACUCUGGCCAGAAGGAUCUGACAUUCGACGGCUCCUUUGUGUCACUACAUGCUCAAUGUCUUUGAAAAUGUAUUGUCACGUUUUGAAAGACAAAAAAAUUGAUUUUAAAACCAAUGAGGAAAAGGUAAACAGUGAUUAUGCUACACUUCAAGAGGUGGAAGACUUAUGUAAACUGCAUUGUCUUAGUGUGGUUCUUCUCCUCCACUUACCUCUUUCUCAAAGAGCUUGUGGUAGAGUCAUCACUUCACACUGGAACAAGAAGAUUCAGUCUUUCUUAAGAAUGAAAAAGUGGUGUGAAUAUUUUAUGUUAAGUAAUAUAAAAGAAUUUGACUCUUGGAAUCUAAAUUUAACUCAUCUCUCUGACCUCAGUGAUGAUCUCUUAUUGAAGAAUAUUGCUUUUUAUUAUGAAAAUGAAAAUGUUCAAGGCCUACAUUUGAAUUUGGGACAUGCCAUUAUGAUGGAUUAUGAACAUCUCUGGAGCACAGUAUCAAAGUUAGUCAUUAAUUUGGAUAUUGGAAAGUCAUUACCUCUCAGAACCACGAAGCUUUCUUUCCUUGAGAAGAAUCAAUUACCAGUCACAGAAAUCUCAAAGGAGGAGGUGCCUAAUUUGGGUUUUAUUCCAGUGUCAUCAGAGGUGAUUGAUAGCUUUGUUGGAGACAUAUUGAAAGAAUUUCCUUUCCUGAAGAGUGAUGAUCCCAUUGUAACAUCGCUGGUGAAACAAAAGGAAUUUGAUGAAUUGUUGCAUUGGCAUUCUGGUAAACCCCUUAGUGAUGCUUAUGACAUGACAAAAUGCACUUUUGAAGAAAAAUAUAAAGAUCCUGAACUUCUUAGAGGCUAUCAAAAAUACAAUGUAUUUCAGCGAUUUUAUGGAAAUUCCUUAGAAUCUGUUUCUUCAAAACACAUUGUAACUGAAACUACCAAGACAAAGAAUUUUGGGGCACCCAAGAGCAAAAAGGCACAUGAGACCAAGGCUCAAAUCAUUGUUAGUGAGAAUAAGAAGAAGUUAUUUGCCAAGGAAGAACAAAAAGAAAAACAAAAAUGGGAUAAUUUGUCAGCUUCUAUUGAAGAGGGCAUGAAGAAAAAUUUAAACUCUGGGAUAGAGAUGCUGGAAGAUUUUAUGAAAUCAUGUAAAAGUAACUCAGUGAAAUUUCAAGCAGAAAUGUCAGGGUUGAAUGCAUGUUUCAAAGAAUGGAAAGAACACUGUAAAGGGGAAGGUAAAACCAAAAAAGAUUUAAAUAUAGCUGUUCAAAUGAUGAAAAGGAUCUACUCUUUGUUGGAAAAAUAUCCAGAACUUUUGCAAGAAGAAGAUCAGAAGCUCAUAGCCAAAUGUCUGACUUAUUUAGGUUUUGAUGAAUUGGCAAGUUCUUUAUGUCCAACAAAGGUUGCAGAAGAUGACAUAAAGAAGAAAAAUAAAAUAUAUUCAGUUGGGAUGGGGGCAGUUCGGUUUCAGCUACAGCACAUGGGUCAUUAUCUGAUUCGAGAUGAAAGAAAAGAUCCAGACCCCAGAGUCCAGGAUUUUAUUCCUGAUACAUGGCAGAGGGAGCUCCUGGAUAUUGUGGAUAAUAAUGAGUCAGCGGUAAUUGUUGCCCCAACGUCAUCAGGAAAAACCUAUGCUUCUUACUACUGCAUAGAAAAAGUGCUGAAGGAGAGCAAUGAAGGAGUGGUUGUAUAUGUUUCACCAACAAAGGCCCUAGUUAAUCAAGUGGCAGCAACUGUUUACCAUCGUUUUACUAAAAAUCUGCCAAAUGGUGAAGCUCUAUGUGGCGUAUUUACAAGGGAUUAUCGUCAUGAUGCCCUAAACUGUCAGGUACUUAUUACUGUGCCUGACUGCCUUCAAAUUCUGCUGCUGGCUCCUCAUCGUCAGAAUUGGGCAAAAAGAAUCAGAUAUGUUAUUUUCGAUGAGGUUCACUGCCUUGGUGGAGAAAUUGGCGCAGAAGUGUGGGAGCAUCUCCUUGUCAUGAUCCGAUGUCCCUUUUUGGCUCUAUCAGCUACCAUAAGUAAUCCUGAACAUCUCACUGAGUGGCUACAAUCAGUAAAAUAUUAUUGGAAACAAGCAGACAGUCUGAUGCAAGAAAGAAUCAUUUCUAAAAAACAUACUGGCUCACAUGCCAGUUUCCAUAAAACUUGUGUGAGAAUACAACAAUCAUAUAAAGUUAGACUUGUUAUUUAUGGAGAGAGAUACAAUGAUUUAGAAAAGCAUAUUUGCUGGGUAAAACAUAAUGACAUUUGUUGUGAUCAUUUUCAUCCAUGUGCUGCACUAACGACAGAUCAUAUUGCAACAUAUGGAUUCCCUUCUGAUCUUUCCCUUUCACCUCGAGAAAGCAUCCAGCUUUAUGACAUGAUGUUUGAGUCCUGGGAAAGAUGGCCACGGGCACAGGAAUUGUGCCCAGAGAAUUUCAUUCAUUUGAAAAAUAAAAUUGUCAUUAAAAAGUCAGAUUUUAGAAAAUAUGAAGAGAGCUUAAAGGUAGAAUUCACCAACUGGAUUAAAGAUGGCAAUACGGAGAAGGCCAAGUUGGUUCUGAAGAAACUUAGACCUAACUCAGAUUUGACCUCAACAAGCUCUAAUGAAAUGUUGAUAAUGUUCCCUCUUCUUAUUGAAAAGCUAAGAAAAAUGAACAAGUUACCUGCAAUUGUUUUUCUAUUUAACUUACAUACUGUUGAAAAUAGUGCUACAAUUUUGAGUGAAUCAUUGGAGAUGAGGCAAGAAGCAAAAAGGUCUCCCAAAGCUGAUAAAGAAGCAUAUGAUGUGGCUAAUAAACUUCGAAAAGUUAAAAAAUCAAUUGAGAAGCAAAAGGCUAUAGAGGAGAAAAGUCAGAAAAAGUCCAGACAAAUGGAUCAAAACUUCAUACAUGAAGCUGAACAUAACAGUUUACUCAAGAUUCUAGACAAGAACCUGGAGAUUCCUCAAGAUUGCACUUAUGCUGAUCAAAAAGUGAUGGAUGCUGAGUCUUUGGAGAUGGUGUUCAGACGUCUAAAAUAUUCAAGAAACGGUGUUGAACUGAAGAAUUUAGCACACAGGGGUAUUGGCUACCAUCAUCGAGCUUUGGAUGCCAAAGAAAAACAAUUUGUUGAAAUUCUCUUUAGAAAAGGAUACAUUAAGGUGGUGUCAGCCACUGGAACACUUGCUUUAGGAAUCAACAUGCCUUGUAAAUCUGUGGUUUUUGCUGAAAAUUCAAUAUUUCUGGAUGCUAUAAACUACAGACAGAUGUCUGGACGUGCUGGAAGACGGGGCCAAGACCUGCAGGGAGAUGUAUUUUUCUUUAAUAUUCCAUUUUCCAAAAUAGAAAAACUCAUAAAAUCUAAAGUCCCUGAACUGAGAGGGCAAUUUCCCUUAAACAUAAGUCUGAUCCUGAGACUCAUGCUCCUGGUCUCCAAGGGCGAUGACGCAGAGGAUGCCAAAGCUAAGGUGCUGUCUGUGCUAAAGCAUUCACUCAUGACCUUCAAGCAACCCCAAGUCAAGAAUAUGUUGAAACUUUACUUCUUGUUUGCUUUGCAGCUUCUAGUAAAAGAGGGCUAUUUGGAUCAAGAAGGUAAUCCGAUGGGAUUUGCUGGAUUGGUUUCACAUUUGUAUUAUCAUGAACCUUCGAAUCUUGUUUUUGUUUAUUUUCUUGUAAAAGGACUUUUCCAUAAUCUCUGUCAGCCAACCACGAAAGGCUCAAGAUUUUUUUCUCAAGAUAUUAUGGAAAAGCUAGUGUUAGUUUUGUCACAUCUAUUUGGAAGAGCCUAUCUCCCAGCAAAAUUCCAAGAGGCUGACCACAAGUUUUAUCAAUCAAAGGUUUUCUUGGAAGAUCUCCCUGAGGAUUUUAAUGCUGCUUUAGAAGAGUAUAACAUGCAUGUUGCAAAUGAUUUUUCCUCCUUUCUACUAAUUGUUUCCAAAUUGGCUGACAUGAAACAGGAAUAUCAACUUCCAUUGUCAAAAAUAGAUUUCUCAGGGAAAGAAUGUGAUGAUUUCCCACUGGUGUCACACUUGAUGAACUGCAAAGAAGGAAGAAAAGCCAUUUCUCCAUUUAUCUGUCUUUCUGGGAACACUGAUAGUGUACUGCUUCGACCAGAAACUUCAGACAAUGUCAUACUGCGCACACUUAAUAUUGGUUACUCUCAAGCUCCCUUCCUGAGACCACAAAAAUUAGAUAAUCAAGGAAGAAUAAUGCCACUUAAUUCUUAUGCCCUUGAUUUCUAUAAGCAUGAAUCCUUGAAAGGAUUAGCUCAGGACAACAGGUUAAAUGAAGGAGAUGCUUAUCUGCUGUUGAAAGAUUUCAUGCUUACCAUUAAAGCUAUCAGCGUUUCUUUGCGUGAACUAUGUGAGAAUGAAGACGAUAAUGUGGUUUUGGCAUUUGAACAACUGAGUACAACUUUCUCAGAAAAAUUUAAAAAAGUUUGA